UUUGAGAAAUCUGGAUUCGUCUCCUCCAUUAAAACAUCUCUGACAUCGAUCUCCAUCUCUCUCUCUCUCUCUCUCUCUCUCCGUCGACCCUCGUUGUAAAAAAGAUGAAAGCUUUCUACGUAUUUGCCGUCUCCCUUAUUCUUCUCACCUUGAAUUCUCGGGGAGAAGCAAGUGGUUCUGUUUUCUUUAUUGAUGGAUCCAAUAACCAAUAUCUUCGUCCACGAUCGUCUAGUGAGGCGCUUCCUAUGUCUCCCUUUGAAAUAUCUGCAGCAGUGUCUGCUUUGUUGGGUUUUGCACCUUCAGCAACUUUGACUGCUGAUGGCUCAUCCAAGCUGAACAAGAUUCUAAAACCUAAUCCAUUUGAGAGGCCUCAGGCUGCUUUUGUGCUAGAAAUCGCUGGAGCUGAUGAUGCGCUUGUGGAAACGAACCCCAGUCAUUCUUUCUUGGGAAAUGCCAUAAGGAGCAAUAUAAAGUCUGACUCUUUCAAAGCUGAUAUUGAACUCUCAGACAGUGAAGUAGUUGUUGUGUCUGUCGAUGAAGCCUCAUCUGAUGUGACUGACAAGGACAUUAAUGAUUUUGCAUCUUGGUUGGGUGGAUCAUAUGUUGCUGGCUCUGCUGAACCAUUGUCUGGAUUGUUGAGUGUCUCUCUGGCUGGGGGUGCUAAUGUGGAGUUCAAUUUAGAAAAGGAAGCAGAGAGGAAAUUUGUAUUGAACAUUUUGGGUCUAUAUCAGAAUAUCAGACGGGCUGUCAGCGUUCAUGAUGAUUUAUCUCAUGAUAUUGAGAGAACUGCUGAAUUAACAGUUGGACGCUUUGGUGGUAUCGAUGCUUUAGCACAGGAGUAUGGACAAGGUAUGGCUAAGCAAGGGAUGAGUGUCUUGCUUGCCACCCUAUCAAAGCUAUUUGAACUGUUGGAGACAUCUCAUAAAGGCCAAAUUGUUGGGGUGAUCGUCCUUGAUGAGAGAGUAAAUCAAGUUUCAGAAAAUCUUCUGAGCAUUGGGUCUUCUCGUUCAUCUGCACGCUCAAUGGCGGAAGUAGAGGGAAUCCCACGUCCAGCCAUCAUUAUCGCUCAAGUUUUACUUGUUAGGCUGACUCUUGCAUGGUUGACCGGAAUAAUUCUUCUCAUUGCAACUAUCCUUGGGGUGUACUUCCUUAUGUACAUGCCUUUGACGAAGGAUACACUGUUAUAUUCAAACGUGAAACUUGAUUAAGACAUGAAAUGGAGAGCUUCAAAACGGCAACCGGACACCGAUUCUGUCUCCAGGUCGUUCGUUUACAUCUUUUUGUGUGUAUCUAAGCCGUGUUUCUCAACUGGCCGCAUUUGAAACCAGUGUCAUUUGAAUGUUUUAAGAGAAGGAUGAAACUUUUAGUGGCCAGAGCAGUUGAUGUGUUGUGUAUAUUGCCAUAUUGGUUGCAUUCUCUACUUAUAAUUAUUUUCUUUGUUACUACAUACAUUUGAGUCUCUGUCCUAUUAAUAAAGAAUACGUUGGACACUUCAUGUAA